AUGAUCACUUCUAUUUCGAGGGGAGGUUGCAAAAAUGGAAAAAUCCAAAGGACAACAGUGAAAGCAAGGCUAGGAUGGAUGGGUUAUGGUUUAGGCAUGGAUCUGUGGUGUGGUGUCUCCAGGUCAGGAAGACCCCCAGUCAACUUGCAACGUCUAUAUUUGGCCUUUGCAAUUUACUACGAAAAGGCUAUAGUCCAACCUCGCUUAUGUCAAAAGGUGCGUCCUCUUAUCGUCAGUGAAGCCUUCUUGGACUCAAAUCGUCGAAGAAGGACGACGUUAAUUGGAUUAUAUCAUAGGAUCGAAGAUCUAAGUGCAAAGCGUAGAAAACUCUGCAUCUAA